UACUUUGCUUGUACAUUUUCUGAAAUUAGAAGAUCAUGUAUAGAAAGUGAGAUAUAUAUGUAUGGUUUUCAGGUUGAGAUGGAACCAACACACCACAUGUUGUAUAUUUGAAACGAUGUACAUUCCAUUAUUUCAAAAUGAAUUUCCUCUUUUCUGCUGAUUUCUUCAAAGCUUCUAGCUAUUUGCUGCUGAUUACGUACUUAACCGUCCAGUUGCAGAACACUUUCUCAUGCAGAAAAGGAGUGAAGCAGGGACAUUUUGUGGUGGUUGCAACUGAAGGGUGGAAACCAGAGAGAUUCUUCAUUGAAUUGGGGUAUUUGGACCACCCUGACUUUGUCAAGUUGUUGAAGCAAGCUGAAGAAGAGUUUGGAUUCUCUCAGGAAGGAGCACUUGCAAUUCCCUGUGAGCCAGAUGACUUGAAGAGAAUCAUUGGAAGGAAAAAGCUCAUAAACAAGGGUGGUAUUGAUAUUACUUGUUAGGAAUAUGAGUAAUUUUUUGUUCCCAAAAUAUGUCUCGUUAUUUGUCUGACCAAUAACAUUUUCACAUGUCAAUUAGAAAUAACGAUGAGAGUUUUUUUUCUUCUUUUUUUUGUUGACAUGAGGAAAUUUUACUGGUGGGACAAAAAACUAAGACAACAUUUGGAACAGAAGAUUUAAUUAACAUGAUCUUUUUACCAGUGUCUUUUCUGUUGGUGUGUUAGUUUGCCUACCCUUGCAAAGUAUACUUUCUUUGUAUGGUGUUGUAAUGUUUACACAGAGCCCAGUAUCCUGCUGAUAAUUAAUCUUAGUGAAGUGUUGCACAAAAAAUAAUUAAGUUUGUCAAA